GACCCACUUUUGUAAACAUGUUAACCUCGUGGUCUAGCGACCUUCGUUUAGGCAUUAUCUAAAUCAUGGAUUGAACUAAAAGUUGAUAAGCGAAUGAUAAAGUGUAUAUUUUCUGAAUCAAAAUUCAAGGUUUAUUUGCUCAUGUUAGAUGUGUGGCAUUUCUUUUAUAAAUGUAUUAAUAAGUGUAUUUUUAAAAAGCCAGUGUAUCUGUGUAUCUAUAUUUAUAUCGCAUUUUCCAGUCCUUGUUAUAGAAAUGCAUGGACUUUAAACUCUUAUAUUUUGAUUCGGAGAUUCAACAUAAACUUCAAAUAAUAUUUCAGAUAUCGAAAUGUUUAACAUCAUUAACACAUCCUGUCCCUACAAUAAUUGGGUCACCACUGCCAGAGAAUCCUGUGCUGACCCAGAUAGAUACCACUGUUUGACUGACGAGUACUCUCGGCCGGGAUGGAUAUGCACGGAUCCAAUAUGGGUGGAAGCGAACAGAUGCCCGGAAUUUAACACCGUUGCAAACAAGAUGGAUUCUGCGCCGUGUUCUGGAAACAGUUGCCCAUUUUCCAUUUACAAGUCAUCACUGAAUCACUUAUAUGAAGGCUGCAGAACAGCAGUGCUUGAGAUGACCACGCACUCAAAGUCACUGUUUUCCACACUGACGUCGAGAGAUAAAGAAGAGGUCGGCACAUCUAGACUUGCAUUAGCUUUGGGGCUAACGUUUGGUAUCUUAGUACUUUGCAUAACAGCUGCUGCUAUUGUCGCGGUUUUAUUUUGCAGAAGGAGAAAGAAACGCAAAAGCAACGAAGAAAAACCAGAAGAACAGAAGGAGAUGUUAACAUUAGAUGACGAAAGAGCAUUAGCGCGUACCAAAAGGGCAUUUCAAAUAGGAAAAUUCGUUGUGUUGAAAGGAAUACAAGGUGCGGGGAAAACCUUUUUGGCUGAACGUCUUCGUGAAGAAUGGACAAAACAGAACGCAGACGUUAAAUGGAUGUCUGAACCAAAAUAUAUAUCUGAAAUAUCUAAAGAAAUCGGUUAUUGUAUUCUGGAUGACUUAUUUUAUGAACUUCAAUUAGAGAAAGAGGUGCUUGAGGUAAGAAACAUGGUGGACGAAUUAUAUGAACGCGUGUCUCUGAAUGGAGAUAGGAAAAUCCUUCUUAUUGUUACAAGUUUAAUCAUGGACAGAUACCCGUCUCUCUUUGAAAAAGACCAUUAUCAGAACAUGAUUGAUUUGGAUCAUCUAUGCACCGAGGAUCGAAAUGAAAUUUUAGAAAUUCACAUGAAACGAAAUAACAUUGUACGGGCUGGUGAAGACUACAGAAAUGAAAAAAGUUCAACAACCAAAAUGAGCGAAGAGAAUUUUGAAAGAGCAACGGCAACUACAGAUUCUGAUAUUGUUAAAGGUCGAGGCAUCGGAAUGCCAGCGUCAAUUGCUUUAGCUUGUAAAUUAAUAGAACAAAACAAAUUUAAUGAGCAAUUUAGUAGAUGGAUGAAAACACCAGUGUCGUGGUUGAUUAGUGACCUAAACAGUCUAAUAAAUGACAAAAGACAAAAACAAUCAAGUAUUGCUUUAACAAUGGCCGCUUUUCAACCCGAAGAACUCAGCCCCGACACUAUCAAUUCUGAUCUUUUGAACAAAUUAAUGAAGCUCGAAAACUGUGAUUUUAAUAGAAACUCUCUUAUUGCAACAUUAAAAGAACUAAGGACAUAUCUAGAAGAAAAAGAUGGUCAUUUUACAUUCCAAGUGCCUGUUGUGAGGAAGGUUCUAUUGAAAAUUAUUUUUCAUAAAUAUCCGGAACUUAUUACAUGCUGUGAUGAGAAGAUACGAAAACGACGCGUGUGUGAUUCAUUACCUGCAGAUAUUUACGGAGAAUAUAGAAAAUCUUUCUAUAUCAAAUAAACUAAAUAUAAUUAUGAAUAGUUGCAGUGCGUUAAUUUCAUUAAUAAAGUGGCUUGU